AUGGCAGUCUCGCUACCGAAUGGCGCGUCGCCGCGCAGACAUGAUGAACAUCAGUACCUCGAUCUCAUCCGCAAUGUCCUCGACACGGGUGAGACACGUCCCGACCGCACCGGCACGGGUACCCUUUCCAUCUUCGCCCCCCCUUCCAUGCGCUUCUCCCUGGCAGAUAACACCCUUCCGCUCCUUACUACCAAACGCACCUUUUGGCGCGGUAUACUCGAAGAGCUUCUGUGGUUCAUCCACGGCUCGACCGACUCAAAGCUGUUGUCCGCGAGAGGCAUCAAGAUCUGGGAUGGUAAUGGCAGCAAGGAGUUCCUCAAAAAGCGUGGAUUGGGCCACAGGAGGGAGGGAGAUUUGGGGCCUGUAUAUGGCUUCCAGUGGAGGCAUUUCGGCGCGAAGUACACGGACUGCGACGCGGACUACACGGGUCAAGGCGUUGACCAGCUCGCGGAGUGCAUCCGUAAGAUUAAAGAGGAUCCGACCGACCGCCGCAUCAUUCUAAGCGCAUGGAACCCGGCCGACAUCCCGCUAAUGGCACUCCCGCCCUGUCACGUUCUCUGUCAGUUCUACGUUCAUCUCCCGCCGCCGUCUUCACCAACCUCUCCAAAACGACUGUCUUGCCUCCUCUACCAACGCUCCGCGGAUCUCGGCCUCGGUAUUCCCUUCAACAUCGCCUCAUACGCGCUCCUCACACAUCUUGUCGCGCACCUCACUCAUACCUCACCACACGAGCUCAUCAUACAACUCGGAGACGCGCACGUCUAUCGGGAUCACGUGGAUGCGCUCGAGGAGCAGCUCAAGCGCAGCCCGCGCCAGUUCCCAAAGCUACGAUUCAAACGCGAUGUACAGGACAUCGAUGAUUUCAAGGCAGAGGACGUACUGGUAGAGGGGUAUGAACCUCAUCCGCAUAUCGCGAUGAAGAUGAGCGUAUGA